AUUACUGCAUCCAAAUGUUCGUCUACCACCGCCAACCGUUCAGUUGGAGAUGUGUCAAACAUUGACGUACUGAAAGCAAUCUACAGGCGUGUAUCAUGUGUAUGUGAAGAAGAGUUACUACAAUGGGGAUUAUAGAGAUAUUCACUGCCUACGCAGAAGAAUGAAGAUUUUUGUAGAGCUGACAUAAGAGCGUCCGAGCAUGGAGGGGACUCACGAAGUCGGAGCCACCACAGAUCUGCAAACCCUUGCCUACCUCAAAGAGAGUCUUCAAUGGUGUGCUGACUAUUUCCUUACCACGAUCAGUGAACUGUAUCCUAAAGCUCAUGAGAAACAAAGUAAAUUCGUCACCAGAGAGGACUUUGCUCGAAUACAAAGACCACUAAUUUCGGCUUUCCAAAUCGUAGUGCUAGGUCAGACAAACUCGGGCAAAAGUUCGGUCAUAAAUGAAAUUCUUGGGGCAGAUGUCCUUCCCGUGUCAGAUCUGCCCUGUACAAAGCUGCCUAUAAAACUACUAUAUAGCAAAGAUGAGUUCCAACAGUUGGUCAAUGAAAAGGGAAAUGAAAUGAGUACAAAAGAAAAGUUGAAAAAAAGAAGGGUACAAGCAAAUUUCAGUAUCAAAGAUGGCGAUUGUGCUAACACUACUAGCGAGCAACUUCUCGUUAAAGUAGGGUUGGAUCACGAUCUACUUAAGAACGGUGUUGAGUUGAUCGAUACGCCAGGCGUUGGGCAAAAUGAAUACUUAGAUAACGUCAUCCGAGGUGUCACGGAUGGGAUCUUUCAACUGUUCCUGUAUGUGAUCGACGGAAACUACGGGCUCAGGAAUGAGGACCGACAUCUCUUGGACCACCUAAGACAGCGAAGACCCGACGCCCCAUUUUUCUUAGUUUGUAACAAAGUCGACGUUUACAGCGGUGAGCUCGAUACUCUGUCUGACGAUGAAGAAAGAGAAGAUGCAACUAACGAUACAGCUAGUAAAGACAGUAAAGUCCGUCAACAGCUUGUCGAAGAAGGCUACCUUGCCCUGGAGAAAGAUGGUACCUGUAGUGUCUAUCACGGUAUCUCCGCCAAACAAGUACGCAAGGCUAGAAAGGGAAGAGGGGACCCGUCGUUCUCCGAACCGUUUAAGUCUAUGACGGAAUGCCUCACUAGGACCAUCACCGCGACAAUUCAGACUUGUUUGCGGGAAUCUCUGUUAACACUUGAUAAGUUACAAACCCAGCUAAUCAUCACUCACCUAGGGAAUAAACACAGCACUCGUGUUAACUCUCCAAAGAGCACUACUGCCAUCGACAGGUUUCAGAAUGUUCUGUAUAAUGAUUUGAAAGAUAUUGCAAAGCAAAGUAGAGAAACGAUAUGUCAGAAACUUAGAAGUCAGAAACUCAUGGUCUUGGACGCUGCCGCAUCCAUGACAUAUUCCACUCUUUCUAUAGGUUCUGAGAUCAGGAGAGACGAAGUCAUUCAGCAGUGUAUCAAGCAGAUUCGCAAUCUAGUUGUCAGUAGAACCAUGCAAAUCAUCACCGACGUUGACAAAGACCUCGGUAACCGCUUCCGACAAGAGUUAAAGUCAAAUAUUAAACGAUUUGAGGUAGAUUACGGUGUAAUGCCAGGGGUUCAUGAUGCAGUUGUGUCUUUUGUGCGAAGACAGGCAGAAUAUUGUUACUGUGACAGAAACACAGUCCUUGGUACCUAUAACUUCUCCGAUGAUCAACAAAGCAGGUGGGCUGCAAUCAAGCAUUGGUUUAGUACGGGGAUGUCAAUUAUUAUUGGAGAUGGGUUCAUGGAUGUUGGUAGCGACUGGAAAAGAGAGGUAGCAUUAGACGUUUGGAAAAAGCUCAAUUUGGCUGACGUUGCUCAUGAGCUACAGGUAGCCUUGUUGAGCCAGCUGAAGACAUCAAGGGACACCUUGAAAGCAACCAUUGACACAUCACUGACAGCGGCCAUGUUGAAUGAUGAAAGUACGAUAACACAGCUAGCAGUCCUAGCUCCACAGAUCGCUCUAGAACUAUGUGAAACAAACAGUCUGUUGAAUCAGCUCGAGAAUGGACCGGUGAAGCUUGUAGAGGAUGAGACAGACUGUUCUUCAGCUGUUCCUAUAUACUUAGGAAUAAACACGAAGACGCGUAAGUUCAUGCCGUGGUGUUCGCGUCAGUCAACUGCUGUUACCACCGUCGAAAACGACGCUGAAGAACUGAAGAGCCACGCUGAAGAGCCACGCGGUCUGCAGGAAUCGGACGCGGGAGCACAGGGACCGUCACCGACACAAGCAGAAACCAGCGGGCAGUCACCAGGGCAAACCCGUGUCGAUACACCUCCGGUAUCCUCUGACGCCGUAUCUGACAGGUCGCCUGCACAGUCCUUUCUAACGUGGAAUGAUGCAUUGGCCAUGCGGCUGUACACAGACAGAUUCACCCCAAGACACACAAGCGUCGUCCCCUGGAUAGGCCCAACACUACUGCAAGAAGAUGGAGUCUGGCGGAGAGGAAUCGUCACUCCUGCCUACAGCAAGUCCCUCUACACCAUGCUGACUUGUGGGAGUCCUCCCGAUUUGCGGCAUUGCCUCCAGAUUGCCAGAGAGAUCUGUGAUGCCGGAGAAUAUCUUCACCAGAUAGAACUGCAGUUCAAUGAUCUUCGAGUGACAAAUGUUUUGCUGGACGACAAUGGCCACGUGAAAGUCAACAACCUCGGGCUGCGAAACGACAGCGUGCCCUACCCGGACGGAAAGCCACCCUUCCACAUUGCUCCAGAGGACUACGACUCCCUUUCAUCAGCUAACAGAACAUGCGACAUCUAUGCCUUUGGUAUAAUCUUUUGGUUCAUGUGCAUAGCUAGGAAAUACGACAGACCAGAAUAUGCCACAGGCAGUGCCCAUGAGACAAAACUUGCCGUAGAACAAGGGAAAAGGCCAGUAUGUAUGCCUGAACAAUGUGAUUCAAAGUAUCUUAAUAUUGCACAGAAAUGCUGGGAUCAGCAAAAGAAAAAACGAAAGAACUUUACUCGGUUGAAGGAGAAAAUUGAUGACAUUUUAUCAGAAGGACGUUGUCAAGAAAUAGACUGAAGGGCACUUAAACAGUUGUCGAUUCAUUCGUAUGAAGGAUAUUGACGAACAUAAAAUGUGAAACGUACUGUUUCAGUAGAUGAAGAUAAAAAUAGUUUAUAUAGUAGUCUCCCAAAAAGAUUCACAAAAAAUAUUACUUAAGUACACGAUCUUACUAGUCUGAGGGAAUCAGAUAUUCCAUUGAUAAAAGUCUGGAGAAGGCCAAGGAAAAUCAACAGUGAAAUAUUUGAAUGAAUUUGCUUUCGAAUUCCUGCCUUCUCUUACUAAAACCAGGUCUUCAUCAAUAUUUAUCAACCAUCGUGUAAGGAUAACAAUUUUUGAAGUAAAGUAAAUCAAGUCAAUAAUAUUGGUGUGCCCUAUUGAUAUAGAACAGGUAAUCUUUACCAGUCAACGUCCCCCAAAGUUGUUUACGCGUACACCAUAGCAGCUGAACAAGCUGUGAGUGACAUGGCAUUGUGUUGAAUAUUUGUAGGGAAACAGAGCUUAUCGACUUGUAUCCUGUUAUCGCUCAUUCUACGGAACAUCAAAAGCACACAUACCUCCUGGUGCUGACAUAUGGUUUUACGGGGACGUGGGGAUCAAAAGUUGUAGAUAUGUGACCGGUCACGGGAAAGGUGUAGUCCACACCAGACUCCUUUUUCAGGCAGAAUAAAUAGUAGAAAUCGGCCUUAAAGGGGAUAUAAUUGGCCAGAGGAGUUGGCCGCCCAGAGAAUUUUGCCUGCACGGUCGUAUUCAGCAUGCAUGCAAAAGGAGUCUGGUGGAGACUAGGAAAGGUACAGGCAUAUUGUAGUAGCCUGGGCGCUAUCCUCAGAAGUUUCCACCGGCUCCCUAAUGUCGCUGUCCGUGGUAAUCACCAAGCAGAUCAUACGGUGGCAACACUGGCAUUAGCCACAGAUGGAUUCAGAAACAAGACAACCUACCUAAUCUCCAAGCAGAUGUUGGGUGAAAGAUUGCACAAUUGUGAUGUUUUGUGCGUGACUGUCGGGUUUAUCUCACAGCCCCGUACCCCAUAACAAGAUGAACGGUGUUUAUACAUGUACAUGUCCAGCUAUUUGAGUGUUAAUUGUGUAAAAAUGUAUGUGAUAGGUAAAACCUCCACUAUGAAUCAUAUGAUCAAUGUUAUUGUCAUGCAGUAUUGUAGUCACACAUGUA